UCCCCGCACCUGGACGCCGGGGUGGCCGCGUCCCAGGCGCGAUCGCGCGCUCAGACUCCCGCGCCCACGGGGACCCGCGCUCUCCAUGGGGCUGAGGGCCUGGCUGCGGACCGCCUGCUGCUUCUGCCACUGCCGGUGCCUGGAGGAGCCCUCGCUGCCCGAGAAGGAGCCCUUGGUCAGAAGUAAUAGUCCAUAUUCUUCAUUUGGAGCAACUCUGGUGAGGGAUGAUGAAAAGAAUUUGUGGAGUCUACCUCACGAUGUGUCCCACACAGAGGCAGAUGAUGACAGAAUUUUGUACAAUUUGAUAAUCGUUCGUAAUCAGCAGGCCAAAGACUCAGAGGAGUGGCAGAAACUCAACUAUGAUAUCUAUACCCUGCGGCAGAUUAGAAGGGAAGUGAGAAACAGAUGGAAACGCAUUUUAGAAGAUUUGGGUUUUCAAAAGGAAGUUGAUUCUUUGUUGUCAGUGACUAAACUUAGCACCAUGAGUGAUUCUAAAAAUACGAGGAAAGCCCGAGAGAUGUUGUUGAAACUGGCUGAAGAGACCAGCAUUUUUCCAACCAGUUGGGAGUUGUCUGAGAGAUAUCUAUUUGUCGUGGAUCGACUCAUUGCUCUGGAUGCUGCAGAAGAAUUCUUUAAGAUUGCUAGUCAAACUUAUCCCAAGAAGCCUGGGGUCCCAUGCCUGGCCAAUGAUCAGAAAAAACAACCCUACCUUCCAUUUCCAAGUCCCUAAAGGACAAGCUCAAAAGCAGAAUGAAAAUUCUUCCACUGGGACUCAAUAGCGAACCAACAUCGGACGACUACACAUAGAACAAAGUGGGCAAAUAGAGGGCUUGCUAAGGGAGAAAUGGUUCUGAGUCCUACAGAGAUGUAAGGUCUUCCUGAGGACCUUAUUCUAAGAAAUAUUCCUGUUGCAUUGAAACACCUGAAGCUCUUGCAUUUAGAAGAAUGUUAAAGAGUUGGUUAGUGGGAUAGUUCAUUGUGAGUGAUCAGAUUCCAACAGUCCAUUGCCAUAAAUUUGGUUUUGAAUGUACUAUAAGUUCUAAUCAUUAAUCAUCUUGGGGAAGUGGUGUCAUCUAAGUAAUAAAACAAUAUGGUUAAUAGAGCUAUCCUUGAGCCCCAUGAUGGAUUACCAAUUUAACAAUAAUUAUAAAAUAUAAUACUGGGAAAAAUGCUCCAAAUAGUGUUAGACAUUAUAUAACUUCUGUUUGAUCAGGAAAAUCUGGUAGAGCAUAGGCUAUCAGAGGCAUCAUUCUGAGUAUGUGAUGAUUGUCCAGAACUGAGAUGAAUCAGAUAAUAGAAAUGUCUAGAAGUGUUGCUCAGAAGUGAGUUCCAGAUAGAACUCCCUGCAGCUACACGAGAAAGGUCUGUCCUACUUGUGGUACAUACCUCACAAGCCCCCCAUGUUGUUAAUAGCCUGUUACCUCAGUUUUGCUUACUCAUUUUUAGUCCAGAAGCCCUUGGCGUUUUACCUGGGGUGGCACCUGUAAAUGGAAAUGUCUGACUUCCACCUCCAUGUCUUUAUUCUGUUUCUGGCUUUUGAGCUGAGUCCCUGCGAACUUCCCUUGCAGACGUGGCAGUGCAUAGGCAGUGAGGCACUGAAGGUCAUUGCUGGAGCUUCUUCCACUUGGAAGAUGAUUUUCAAAAUGGAGCAGUUUGGCCCGUGCAGCUCGCUGUUCAUGUACUGAGAAAUUCACCUUCAAAAAUGACGUGUCACUUAAGUAAGGAGCUUUCCAAGAGAUUGGGCUCACUUUAUUAAAAAGACUUUAAGGACUUGUAGGAUAUAUCAGUAAAUUUCUAAGAAAAAUGGCAUAUUUUUAUUUUUUACGGAUUUUUGCACUUCUGACUUCAAGUUAAAACUAAUUUGUAUUGGUUCAUCCAGGGGAUUGUAACUUGAAAAUUUUCAUAUCCUAUUAGCUUUUAUAGCAGUGUAGGCAAUGUUCUUAGGAGAUCCAUGUUGUCCAUUUGUGAAUGCAUUGCAGGCCAAUUUAACUGAUAUGUUUCAGGAACAUUCUUCCUGGUUUAGUAAGCUAAAAGUUUUAUUUUUUAUACUUAGUGCUUAAUCCCUGUCUCAUGUUGUUUAAAAUUAUCCUAAAGAUGUUUUCCCUCUCUCCUGUAGACAUUUAGAAGACAACGUAUAGUGAAACAAUAAAAAACUUAAAAUAUUGAA